CCCUCUGCAAGAGCUCCCUGUUCGCAGAGUUCAACAACUGCUGAAGAUCCUCAAGGAGGCCGUGCACAGUGGCUCUGCGUACCAGGGCAAGACGUCCAUCAGCACAGUGGGCACGUCCACCUCUGCCUACCGCCUGUCGCUGGCCACCAUGUCCCGGUCCAACACGGGCACGGGCACAGUGUGGGAGCAGGAGAGCCAGCCGUCACGCCAGCCCUCUCAGGACACGCUAAGCCGCACUGACGAGGAUGACGAACAGGAGCAGGAAGAGAAUGACUCUAUCAGUAUUCCCAGUGUGGUGAGUGAACAUGAGGUCUUCCUGCCCAGGCUCAUCACCCAGCGACGCUUCUCUAGUCACGCCACGGGCAGCGCCCAGCCUGAGCCCAGCACCCGCAGCACCAUGCUGCCCAGCCACAGUGAACCCAAUGUGCUAGAUGAGUCUCAAGGACUGGAAGAGGGUAACCUGUCUAGGGUGGCCAGUGUGCAGAGUGAACCAGGCCAGCAGAACCUCUUGAACCAACCUCCGCUGGGACGCAAUAGAGGACUGAGACAGAGUCGGCGGGGUGUCGGGUGGCAGCGUGUAUCGGGGUGUGGGGUGUCGGGAAGUGUCCUUGGGAAUUAUGUGGGUGCAUUAGGGUGCGGCGGGGUGGCAGGGUGUAUCGGGGUGGCAGGGUGUAUCGGGGGGUGUCGCGGGAUGUAUCGGGGGUGUCGCGGGAUGUCGGGGUGUAUCGGGGUGUGCGGGAUGUCGAAUUGGGGGGUGUCGCGGGAUGUGGCGGGGUGUAUCGGGUGGCAGGGUGUAUCAGUGCAGGAUCUUCAGGGGGUGGCAGGAAUAAUAUCAGGGGGAGAUGUCAGCCAAAGUCCAGGGGGUCUUCUUUGA